UACAGCUCUCCUUGAGAUUUGAAGGGAGCUCGUGUCUCACCGGCAGAGAGGGCACGGCCGGUGAGAUUAUGUGAUCAGAGCUAGUGAUUAUCUGUGAAUGUAACGUAUAGUUUAACCUUUUUUGAGCGGUUUUCGAUGGAAAAACGUUUCUUCUUCGUCGAAAUUGUGUUUCUCUGCAGUUUCUUUUACGCCAAAUGAGACACUUGUUGGAUUUAUCAGGCGCAGAGGACUGCAACAGAUGAUGAGAGUGGGAGGUACAUUUCAGCCGAUCACAACAGGGAUGGGAGUCUGAGGUCUGCGCUCUGAAAUGGAUUCAUACGAGUCAACACUCAACCGCAGCCAAUCGCUGGCGAGCGGCCUGGAGAAGUCUUCACCAACAUGGAAGCCGUCCCACUCUCGGAGCAGUAGCACCGUGUCAUCCCGCCACUCCAGACAGAUUAUCAAAGACUGGGAAGUGAUUGAUGACCUUCAGGCAGAAUCGCAGCAAGGAGGUGACAACCCUCAUGAUAUGACCAUCCCGGGUAUCUGUGAGGGAUAUCUUCUCAAAAGGAGGAAGUGGCCACUAAAAGGUUGGCACAAGCGAUACUUUGUCUUGGAAGCGGGGAAUUUACGUUACUCCAAAAAUCAACAAGAUGUCUCCAUUGGAAGAGUUCAGGGCUCUUUUGAUGUUAGUCUGGCAGUCAUGACGAUAAACAAGAAGUCUAACCGGAUUGACUUGGAUGCAGGGGACAUUCUCUAUCACAUGAAGGCAAACAGCCAUGAACUCUUCUACAUUUGGGUUACUAAGCUACAAGCCCACCGCCUGUACAAGAAGAAUGAGGCGGCUCAUGUUCACAGCAGCUUCCUCCUGACUCUGUCCCAGGGCACUGCGGCCGGACAAGCUCAGAGAAAUGGAGAUUUGAGCUCUGCAGGGAUGGCGUAUUCAGCUGCAUCACCAGUAGGAGUGCUGCCCUCCGCUAACACCGCUGUGAACAGCAAAGUGUCGGCCUGGCUGCAGCAAAGUCACGACCAAGACAUCUGUGUUCAAGAGCUGAAUCGUUGCCAUUUGGAUCUUUCUGAGAUAAACCGCUUAAUCCAGAAGCUGCAGAUGUUGGAGGCAGGCCCGGCUUUCACUAACGGAGACCUAAAGCGCAUCAUCAGCACGCAGAAUAUCUCGCUUGAGAAGCCGAAGAAGCAGAGGUCAGGGAAGAUAUGGGGCCACUCUCGCACAUUAUCCAGAGUGGAGGCCCUGGGAAUGCCUAUUCGUGGGAUUACUAAAUCGCUGUCUUCCAGUCACCUAAGCAGCUCACCUCAACUCGGUGCAUCAGUCCCCUCUAUCCCUGACUACGUCUACUCCCAGCUGUCCCCUCCUACUGUCACAUCACCUGAGGGCAAGAAAAUCCACCAGGACAUCUGCGCCAUGUCGCUACGAGUGCUUGCUUCCUUGAAGACAGUGCAUGAAACUUUGUCCCAGGAGAGGCAGAAGCUGCAGGAAGUCUGGGAAACUAACAACAUCCACCAGUCUAACCUGUUAGCUGAGCCUGCAGCGGCGAGGCGUUCAUCCCACAGGCCUCCCUCAGUGGCAGAUUCAGCUGCGGAGUAUUUUGACGCCAGCGCUGACGUCCUUUGUGGUGGUUCCUCUGAGGUGUCUGAUGAAUCAGGACUCAGUGAUGGAAGCACCACCAACUCUGAGCCAGAGGAAGGUCAUGCAUCGGCCACCCGGAAGUACCGUGCAAGCAUUUCCAGGUCUCCCAACGGCAUUGUUCCCGAGAGCACCGGCCGGCGAACUACACUGCCUGCUCAAUGUCCUGACAACAGCCACGUGGGCCUCAUGGCUAUCCUCUACAACAACAUAGGUAAGGACUUGGCUCGAGUGUCUAUGCCUGUUCCUCUCAAUGAGCCUGUAAACCUGCUGCAGAGGCUGUGUGAAGAGCUGGAGUACAGUGAGCUGCUGGAUAUUGCCAACAACACACCAGACCCCUACCAGAGGAUGGUUUACAUUGCUGCCUUUGCUAUCUCUGGUUACUCCACGGCGAUGUUCAGAAACCACUACAAGCCCUUUAACCCGGUGCUUGGGGAAACCUACGAGUGCGUCAGAGAGGACCGGGGCUUCAGCUACAUCAGUGAGCAGGUCUGCCACCAUCCCCCCAUCUCUGCCUGCCAUGCUCACUCAGAAAACUUCUGCUUUUGGCAAGACCAGCGAUGGAAAAAUAAAUUCUGGGGGAAGUCGUUGGAGAUUCUGCCAACAGGAAUGGUGAAUGUAACUCUUCCAAGGUAUGGAGACCACUAUGAGUGGAACAAAGUAGUGACCUGCAUCCACAACGUCCUCAGUCAGCAGCGCUAUCUGGAGCAUUACGGAGAAGUCACCAUCAGCAACCUCAAAAGCAACGUCUGCACCUGCAAGAUUACCUUCGUAAAGUCUCGUUAUUGGGGUUCAGACAUGAACAAGAAUGAGGUGCAGGGCACGGUGCUGGACCAAAGUGGGAGUGUCAUUCACCGGUUCGGAGGUCUGUGGCAUGAAGGCAUCUUCUGCGACACUCUGCCAAAUCCGAAAUGUGUCUGGAAGCCAAAUUCCCAGCCAAAGGAUCACCUGCUGUACUAUGGCUUCUCCACCUUCGCUAUUGAGCUGAAUGAACUCACCCCAGACCUGAAGCCUUUCCUGCCUCCUACAGACAGCCGCCUGCGUCCAGACCAAAGGAUGCUGGAGUAUGGAAAGAUGGAUGAAGCAGACUUAAAGAAAGAUGAUAUAGAGGAAUUUCAGCGGGAGCGGAGAAAACAGCUCGGCAAAAAGGGGGAGGAACAUGUUCCACGCUUUUUCAAGAAAGCCAGAGAUUCCUGCGGACGGGACGUCUGGUUGACAAACGAGAUGUACUGGAAGCUCAGAGAAAAUCCGGGUUUCGCUAAUAUCGAAAACAUAACUGUUUGGUGAUGAGACGACAGAGGAUCGACAACGCUAGACAAAAUACUCAUGUGAGAGAGGGAUUGAAAAAUAUCACCGGUGGAUAUUUGGACAGCAUGUAUGAACCGCUCUGAGAAACGUGCAGGGUGGAGAUAGUGCUGCUGGUCUCUUCUCGUUCCUUUUGUUCCAUGACUGGCUCAUGGGAACCCUUGUAGUCCCAUCAGACCAGACAAGUUACCCAGCAUCCAAUACAGGGGAAGAAACAUGGAAAAGCUCAUCAAGAUACAUUUUCUAAUGCGUUUUAAUAUAUUUUUUAGACUACUUCAGUCAUCGCAUAUAUCUUUAUAUUUUUGAGAAUUUUACAGUUUUCUGAAGAAAAGCAUGUGUGAUGCACACCCUGCAGACCUUGAGAUGAAUAAAUGACUAGAAAUUAAAUUGAUAACUAUUUUAAGGUUAUCACAUUUGCAUUUCUCUCUCAGGUUAGUAAGAGGCCUAUUAUGUUAGUGUAUAAAAUGUAAAGAUUCAAUCAAAUCAUGUCCUCCUCUCAUAAGUACACUUCUUUGACUUUAUAAAUGUACUGAAGUUAAUGCUACAGCCACGGCUGGAUUACUAACUGGGCAAAGGGGGCAACAGACGAGAUGUCCAAGUGGUUUGUAGUAAUUUGAUUUAUUGCAAAUGUGUUUGAGGAAUUUGCACCUCAAUAGCACAAUUAAGACAAGAACAUUAAACUUGCAGAUAAUUAUCACCAGAUUCUGCAGCUCCCCUCAGUUUUACGGAGCUUUAUACUGAGUUUCAGCUCAUUGUUGAGCUGUCCAGCCCACAACCUUACUGUUUUGGUUCACUCUCACCACUCUCACGGCACCAUUUUCAGUCGCAGCAGUUAGAUGUUUUCAGAGAGACAUCUUUAAAAAGCCACUGUACACUACCUGCUCGGCAGCAAACAGCUGGCACGGAUAGAGACUAGCUGCUAACAUUGUGGAACAUUAAGGAGACAAACAUUUCCCUCAGAAGUUGGUUGAGGCCAAAAACAGAGCUGAAAGACAGUGAAUGUUUCAUCAGGUGGCCAGAAACCUUCGGAUGCAACGAUUAGUCGAUCAACAGAAAAUGAAACGGCAGUUCUUUUGUUAGGCAAACCUUUUCUGGUUCUCAAAACUGAGGAUUUGCUGCUUUCCUUUGUCAUACAUGAUUGUAAACUGAAUAUUUUUUGUGUUUUGGACUGUCGGUCGGUCAAAACGAGACAUUUGAAGGUGUCACCUUGCCCUGUGGGAAAUUUUAAAAGACAAUUUUCAAUGUAACGAUUAAUUUAAUAUUUAAAGAAAGUAAUUGUCAGGUUAAUCCACAAUGAAAAUGAUUUCUAGUGUAAUCCCUAAUAAUAAUGUUGCAACUAUGUGCUAACAAGAUGGCCAUAAAAGUGAUCAUGUGUCAAUGUUGUGUUCACAAGUGUCCAAAAGAAAAGUGUUAUUGCAGAUUUAAGGCAGGAGCUGCAUUUGUCUACCUGUGCAUGAACUGUGCAUAUGUAUAAAUACAAUUAUGUUCAACCAAAUGAUUACCAACAGGAAGUAAAAACCCCUCUUCCAGGCUAAUCAUGCAAUAGCUACAGUAUAUUUACUACCUAUCUAUUGGUGCACCAGUACUGACGUGAUGCAUACAAAGUACUCCAACUUGGUAUCUGUGACUUUUACAUUACUGAGAACUGAGAAUGAUGCUGAAGAUGAUCAUCAUCACCUACUUAGAGGAAAUAACGAUAAACCCCAAGACAGUAUCUGUCUAAAUAUUUGGGGGCAUUCCUUAGAGUAUAUGAUGGUGCAAAGUUUAUUAGAUUUUUUUGAACGUAUCAUUUAAAAAAAUAACAAUAAGAAACAUCAGCAUAUACAUAUUUAAAAGAGGAGGUGAGAUGUUUUUACUGUAUUUGUAUGUCAUUAAUAGUGAAAAGAAUAUCCAGCUGGUUGGAAACAUUUAGAUAUUUAUACAGUAACGUUACAACUGUGUUUUUAUUUUUCAGUGGUAUCAAUUUAUUAUAACUGCACUUGACUACAGAUAAUGUAUACUCAUGGUAAGUAAGACUUUUGUUUGAAAAUGUUAUGUGAAUUCUCACAUCAUUUUAAAAAGGCACUUUUUUGUUCAGUUGAUCAAAAGUUCUGCCUACAUUAAAUAAAAGGAUAAUAAAAAGCAGAGAUUUUUCAUGUG